AUGCUCUCAGUUUCUAGGCAAUUGUGCCUCGUCCUCUUUUCAUUGCUUUUGGUGCUGCCUGUUGUUGAAGCAGCAGAAGCUGGAGAUGCAAUUGCUCUCCUGUUAGGUGCGAUUCUCAGCAUUACAGGCAUUUGUGCUUGUUUAGGGGUAUAUGCAUGA